AUGUUGAAUGUAUUCCCUGUGUGGACAUAUUGCAGGGGAAAUCCAAAGUUCAAUUUUCACAACUACAGAAUUUGGUCAUUUCUUGGCCUUUUGAUGACAACUUACACUGCGUGGUACUUAACCAUUGCUUCCUUUCUCCAUGGACAGGUUGAGGGAGUGAAGCACUCAGGACCAACCACAAUGGUUCUCUACUUCACUGGGGCUACAAACAUUCUUUACACCUUUGGGGGCCAUGCUGUGACAGUGGAGAUAAUGCAUGCAAUGUGGAAGCCACAGAAGUUCAAGCUAAUAUACUUGAUAGCAACACUCUAUGUGCUCACACUAACCCUACCAUCAGCAAGUGCUGUUUACUGGGCUUUUGGGGACUUAUUGCUUAACCAUUCCAAUGCUUUGUCUUUGCUCCCAAGGACUGGUUUCAGAGACACUGCUGUCAUCCUCAUGCUCAUUCAUCAGUUCAUAACAUUUGGAUUUGCAUGCACACCGUUGUAUUUUGUGUGGGAGAAGUUCAUAGGAAUGCAUGAGUGCAAGAGUAUGUGCAAGAGGGCUCUUGCUAGGCUUCCUGUGGUCAUCCAUAUUUGGUUCCUUGCUAUCAUCUUCCCUUUCUUUGGUCCUAUCAACUCCACUGUUGGAUCUCUUCUCGUCAGCUUCAUUGUCUACAUCAUCAUCAUUCCUGCUUUGGCUCACAUGAUCACCUUUGCUUCUCCUUCUGCUAGAGAGAGGUCUCCAUUUGCACCAACUCUGGCCAAGGCACUUAGGGACAGGGUGUUUGGUGUGGAUGAUUCUGAGAGACAAUUGCAUAUAAUUUACCUUGCCAAUGACAUUCUAUUUGACAGGAUUCUUAUUCAUUGA